UUUGUUGUCAAUUUUGUCUCUACGCCCGCCUAAUUCUGGAGUCUUCUUUUUUUUUCAUUUUUCAUCAAAUGGAAUUCGCCACCACCUUUUACCUAAACCCCUUUCUUCUCCAGUCUUCUUAAAACCCUACAAAUUUACUGGUUCUGGUGGUGGCACUAAUGGCGAUUUCUGUAUUGCUUACAGCUUUAUCUCGUCGUGGUCAAUCUCUUUCUUCUUCUUAUGAAUCUGUGUUUAGGACUGUUAACACCUCGUGGAAUAGUUCACUAUUGGGCAAUACGUCCACAAGUUUGGGUAGUAGAGCAUUCUGCUCAAAAUCAGAUCACUGUGAUUCAGUUUCCCAGAACAAAGUUUCUGAGUCCAACCUAACAAAGGUAGUUUUCAAGUAUGUAUGCGGGCAUGACGAGUUUCGAGAAAACAGUAGGUCCUCUGAGCCCAUAAUAAGAAAGGUUCUUGAGAUUCCCAGAGGACAUACUUUCUUUGAGUGCAGAGAUGGAGAUGAUGUGAGCUAUUGUAACUUGAUCGACUUUUGUUUCUCCUUAAUGAGGCGUCUUAAGCAGGAUGCAGAGUCAGCCAGAGGAGAAAGAGUAACAGAGAUGUGUUUCAUAGAAGCUUCAUUUUUCAAAGAUCGUAUCAGAAGUAUAAUAGAUAGUUCAGGGGAUAUUCUAAAUCUAAAAGGCAUGAUUGAUUGUUUGGAGAAUCCAGACUCUUUUCCCAUUGGCAAAAACUCGGGCACUGGAUGCAAACUCACAAUCGAUCUUGAUGAAUAUUUCGAUAUUCGUACAUGGGAAAAAAUAUCAAGUGGUGACAAGCAUGUGCUGGAAAUCAUUCUCAGUGAGCUUAAGAAAAAUGGGUUCGACUUCAAUGAAGAUCCAGCAGCACUACAGAAAAUUGAGGAAGCAGUUGAGAGGGCAACCACGAGAAUGACAAAUAUGAUCAAGCUUAAUCUGCCAGUUCCUGCUGGUAAACCUGAUACGAGUACGACUAUCAGUUGGGAAAAAUGCGCUGGUCUACCUAUAUUGAAAACUGCCCGUCAAGAAUCAUUAAUUCUAAACCUUCUUCAGUGAUUUUGUUUGGCGUUCUUGUUUUGAAUACAAGAAAUGAAUCAGUUAGCUGGGAAGAUAUAAAUUAUGACAUACUUCUAUGAGUACUAACUUGUUACUGUCGUUUCUAUUUUUUGUUUAGUGAGCUUGUAAGUAUAACAUACUCCAGUAGGCUACCAUUGGUGGUUAGAACUGUGUUUUAAUGGAAAGCAAUGAACACAUAUUUUGUGAAUUCUAUCU